AUGGCUCCUGCUCACGCUCGGUUUUCUUAUCAGAAGAUGGACGAUGACGACCCAGAUGCACAGCACGAAGCUGUUGAACUCGGGCCCUUUAAUACGGUCACUAGUGCAAGUUUCAACUACGGCGCCGUUCCAACAAUAACAUCAGAUCUUCCCAAAGGGUGGACAUCAACCGAGAAAAUGCCCAUACGCCCCGCCUCUACUGCGACCAUGUUUUCGGGAUGGCGAGGCGGCGCGACAUCCGCUGCAGGAUUGGCAUCGAUAUCACUCUGCAUCAAUCUCGGUGUUGGAAUCUGGCUUUGUACUCAGGGCAAGAAUGCUGGAGGACUCACCGAGGUCUACAGAGGUAACUGCAACACAGCCAAGCAACUGAGUAUCUGGGUUCACUUGGCCAUCAACAUCCUCAGCACGCUACUGCUUGGCGGGUCGAACUAUUGCAUGCAAUGUGUAUCGGCCCCUACGCGGAAGGAGAUCGACAAAGCUCACUCUCAAGGGAAAUAUCUGGAUAUCGGAGUUCCCAGUAUGCGCAAUCUGGGUGUUAUUGGCCUUCAAAAGAACGCCUUGUGGUGGAUCUUGGGAUUGACUUCCAUUCCGUUACAUCUGAUGUACAAUUCGGCAUUCUACUCAUCUCUCUCAAAUAACGAUUACAACAUUCUCAUUGUGACGCCAGAUUUUGUUACUGGAGGGGCCUUUGAUCUCGCGGCGGCAAUCGACGCAUCACACACAAUUUGGGAUUAUGAUGCCACUAUCGACGUGGAUCCUGCGGCUAUCCAAAGCGAAAUUGGAACUGCCCGAUUCGAACGCCUGGAAGUCAAACAAUGCAUUAGAGACUAUGCUCAAGUAUUUCUGUCUAGUCGAAGGAACCUCGUCCUAGUGUCAAACGCUGACCAGGCCAAUAAUUCAUUGCUCUACUUGGAAAAAUAUGAAACAAGCAGGGAACUUGGAGAUGGGAGAUAUACGCCCUACAACUGGUCGGUCGACUUCUACCCUUCCCAAAUCAAAACUGACACGGACAGGAUCUGCCGAGCGGUUGGGACCAUCUACCAGUCCCAUAACCCCCCAAACAAUCCGACGGCUUGCGACGCUUACAUAUCUGAAAUUGAAGCGGCCUCGGAUGAAUGGGAGCCGUGGGGCUACCAGGUGCAGUACUGCAUGAGCGAGACGGUGGAUGAGUCGUGUAGCUUCAAUGGCAACAUCCCCAUCAUCUUCACCGUGAUCGCGUGCAACGUGGCGAAGCUGUUGCUCAUGUUGAUAGUCGCAUUUCGGCUACGGGGAUCGCCACUCAUCACCAUCGGGGAUGCGAUCGCGUCCUUCCUCCAGCGACCCGACCUGACGACCGAGGGACUCUGUCUCCUGACCCGUCAAGACGUGACAAGGGGGACCGAGAAGGUCGGCCCAGACGGACGGCCACUCCCAGGGCGACUGCGGCUCUGGCCACCCGACGCCAGUGCCACAAAACUACAGGGUCAGCCUGCCACAGCUCGCCGCUACAGGUGGUCCCAAGCGGCCAGCUGGAGGCGCUGGGUGUUCACGAUCGCGCUGACUGCGAUCGCGCUCGUCGUCGUGGCGGGCCUCCUUGCGUGGGCGAGCAAGCGAGUCGUCUCCAGGACGCGCUCCAUUUCGAUAUGGAAGAUGGGCUUUGGCGCCGUCAACGUCAACACGCUCAUCAACGGCUGGGACAUCGAGAAAAUCGCCGACCCGUCGACCCAGAUUCUCGCCAGCAUCCUGAUCGCCAACUUGCCGCAGACGAUCCUCUCGUUCCUCUACCUCAACCUGAACGGCCUGUUGACCAGCAUGUUUCUGGCCGAUGAAUGGAGCGACUUCGCCCGCGAGCGCAAGACGCUGCGCGUCUCCACACCCCAGGGCCGCCAGCGGAGCAACCACUUCCUCCAGCUGCCCUACCGCAUGGGCGUCCCGCUCAUGGUGCUCUCGGGCCUGCUGCACUGGCUUGUCUCGCAGUCCAUCUUCCUCGCCAUCGUGAGCGAGUACACGCCGCUCGGGGACCUGGCCACACCCGUGGCGAUCGCCACCUGUGGAUUCUCACCGGUUGCGAUGUUGACUCUGAUUUUGGUCGGCGCCGCCACCAUCGCCGGUGUCAUCGGCCUGAGUCGACUGAGGUACGACGGCGGCAUCCCACUUGUGGGCAGCUGCAGUGUCGCGAUUGCUGCGGCGUGUCAUCGGCCGACGUGGGACGUCGACGCCCACCUAAAUCCCGUGCAGUGGGGUGCGGUGCCGGGAGCGGAGAGAGAGACGGGAGUGGGCCAUUGCUGCUUCACGAGCGGCGACGUCGAGGAGCUCCAUAUCGGCAGGAUGUAUGCCGGUAUUAUACCGAAGCUGGACUGA